UUUUCCCUCAAAAAUUUUUCUUUUCUUCCUUCAAUUUUAUUUCUUCUACUUUUUAUAACUUCAUUUAAGCAUUCAUCCCUUCCCUCCCUUCCCUCCUUCCCCAUUUAUUUAUUUCAACUUCAAUUUUCUAUCAAAAACUAGCAAAAGCAUAUAACGUUGGUUUUGCCUUUUGUUUGAAUGUCCCGCUGCUUUUUGUAUUUAUUCUUUUUCCUUCUUUUUAUUUAUUUAUUUGUGUGUCAUCACCACUCAUGCAGCGAAAAUUGUUGGCCGUUUUUUCAGUUUUUUCAGUCCCCUCGUCUCAGCUUUUCUAGCCAGCCGGAUGGAAAUAAGAAGAAAAAAAGGGGAGAGGGAAGGGAAGGAGAAGAGACUUGUGUGGAAAAAAACUUGAGGGAGUGA